GCUGCGGAGGAUGUCGACCCCGCUGCGGGGACAAGCCCCGGGCGAGACGCUAGUGUCCGGCCGGCCGCCGCUCACCCCGUCGCCCCUCACCCGCGGCCCCCGGCGCCCAUGAAGCCGCGGCCGAUGACUCCCCGAGCAGCUGGCGUGAGGCGGAAAGUGGCCGGAGACAGAGAGUAUGUACUGGCGCGUCGGGUUCGCCUGGACGCGGUCGUGUGUGGUUGAUCUCGGCCAGAACCAGAGCUUCUUCUGCGGCCCAUUGGGCACCGGCGAGGAGCUGUCGUUUUAUGGGUGCAUCAUCGCCUUCCCCCUGCAGGACCACAGCGGGAUCAUGUCCGCUCUGGGCUCGGACUCGUGGUGGAGGAAGACGCUGUAUCUGACCGGAGGGGCUCUGCUCGCUGCCGCUGCCUAUCUGCUGCACGAACUGCUGUCCAUCAGAAAGGAAGAAGAGCUGGACUCUAAAGAUGCCAUCAUACUCCACCAGUUUGCCAGGCCCCAAAGUGGCGUUCCGUCCCUGUCCCCUUUCUGCCUUAAAAUGGAGACCUACCUUCGCAUGGUUGACCUACCCUACCAGAACUACUUUGACGGGAAGCUUUCGCCGCAGGGUAAGAUGCCGUGGCUCGAGUACAACCAGGAGCAGGUGUUUGGCUCGGAGUUCAUCAUGGACUUCCUGGAGGAGAGGCUGGGCGUGAACCUCAACAAGAGCCUGACACCGCAGGAGAAGGCCAUGUCCCGCGCCAUCACCAAAAUGGUGGAGGAACAUUUCUACUGGACCAUAGCUUACUGUCAGUGGGUGGACAACCUGGAGGAGACCCAGAAGAUGCUGUCGGUGAGCGGACCGCUGAGUGACCUACUCAAGUGGAUCCUGAGUCACCUGACCGGCGGGAUCGUCAAGAGGGAGAUGUACGGCCACGGGAUCGGGCGCUUUUCAAAGGAUGAGGUUUACGCCCUGAUGGAGAAGGACAUGCGCACCCUCGCCACUAUUCUAGGUGAUAAGAAGUACCUCAUGGGCUCGCGUCUUUCCACAGUAGACGCUGCAGUGUUCAGUCACCUGGCUCCUGCUAUGUGGACACUACCGGGAACACGUCCGGAGCAGCUAAUCAAAGGCGAGCUGAUCAACCUGGCCAUGUACUGUGAGCGUAUCCGCCGGCGCUUCUGGCCCGAGUGGUUCGUGGACCUGGAGGACUUCUACUACAGCGACACCACCGAGGGCAGCGACUCGCACUCCAAACUCCCUGACCUGGGCCUCUACUCCUGCACGGACACGUUCCAGGAAGACACAAAAACACACACUUCCCCCGCCCCCACUCCACAGGACGCCCCGUCGCCGUCCCCGGACAGCGACCCCACAGGCUGCUCGCUUUAUGACUCUGACAUGGACACAGAGUGCUCCGAGAUGGACCAGCUCAAGUGUUGACAACACUUACACGGCUACAUGCGCGCACACCACAGGAGGGCGCUGCUUCCCACCUGCAGUAAGGCCCCCCCCUACCUCUUAGAACAGUGAAUAACUGGGGAGUGUUUCUGGUGUGGAGAAAUCGAGGAUGUACAGGUUUAACUGUAGUGGAGGAAUGAUCGCUAUAGAGGGAAAGGGAGUGAAGGAUAGUUUAAAAAGUCAGAGAUGGACGGAAGAAAAAAGGGAGGCAGCUGUUAAAGGAAAGGAGAAGCGAUUCAGAAAAUGAUUGAGAAGUAAUAAAAACCAGGAGUGAAUGACGCUGCUGCUGAGAAACUCCUCCACGUGGUCGACAUCAUCUGCAGUCACAACCUGUCAUCCCGUUGCUGUAACCUGUGUGUGGCCCCCUCCUCCCCCGUAGCAACUUGCACCGCCCGGCCUUGUGUGAGUUUUCGACCGAACCGAACCCUCAAACGCCUUGUACCCGAUAUGUCGUCCACUUGUAGGCACCUGUACAGGAUUCACGUGAACCAAGACGAGUCAGUGUAAAUAUACAAAAGGAUCUGAUUGGAUUCUCAGAUUUAAUAGAUAGAAUAUUUAAUUCUAUAUGAGUAUAAAUAGUAUAGAUAGCUUGCAAAUAUAAAAACCAUCCCCUCUGUGAUAUGGUGUAAAUAAUGUCUGUGUUUCCUCUGUGAAAUCCAUUUUGUGUUGGACACAAAUUGUCUCGUGAUAGUCUCCAUGAUUACCCACUCCGCUGGUCUAGGAUCAGAACAUGACCUCUCGUGUGUGUGUCCUUCUACACAACUGGGAUAUUACAGUCAUUUCCGUUGGGCCAUAUUUAAAGAGUCUAGUUGUAGAUAGUGGAUAUAUUAGAUUGUAAAGCACUUGAACAUAUUAUUUUGUCUUAUUAAGAUGCUUAUUUUGCCAAAAAAAACCAACAACAACCACAUCCUUAGAAUAAUAUGGCGACAAAUAAGCUGUGUCUCAAUUCAGCAGCAGCUGCAUUCAGAGGACGUGGUCUGCACAGCGCAGGACACCCCCCUCCUUCAUGGGCCUUGUAGACCGCCAAGCAACCCGUCACCAGCUCGUCCCGAGACAAGAGGAGAGAGUUUUAAUAUCACUUGCUUUGUCUUAACGUUUCGGUUUCAUUGAUGUGUGAUACUCAAGCAUUGCACCUCUCCUUGUCAUUACCACAUGGUUUGUCUCUGAAUCGCAAUGCAUGCUGGGAUAGGUUGAGCCAGGAGGGGUCCACUUGUUGGAGCCUUUGUUUGUUGUUUGCCGCAUUUGUAGGAGCCUUCGAAAUGGGACAGGCAGGUCGCGCCGCUUGACCCCUGAGUCGAGACACAGCUUUACUGUCAUGCCCCUGUGUUGUUUGUCUUUCAGGACAUUAGUCACGCAGACACUUACAUGCAUUAAGAGCGAGUCAAACAAUCACGUAGGAACAGAUAGAUAUAUAAAAUGAAUGAAAGUGCAUGGCUGGCGCGUCCCUUUACACUUCAUGUGGAUAGUUUUAUCUGCAUCUCUAAGCUGGCCUAUCUGAGUUUGACGUCGUGAAGCAGUUUGGGUUUUUCCUAAAUCAAAGAUGUAGCCGAUGGAUCGUGAAAAACACUUUUU